GUUCCUUGAAACUUUCUAACUUUGAGCUUUAAAAUUCAUUCAUUCGCAAGUUAUUGGCUGUAUUAUCUUAAUUUCUAAGUGUGUGCAAAGUUUGCGCUUUUCAUCUCUAAAAUACAAUCAAUCGUUUGAUUUUGUAAGUGAUCAAUGCUCACUGAGAGCGUUGAAUAAGAACAAGAAUUUAGUGGAUAACUGAGGCUUGUUGUUCUGGUCUUUCUCCUGGAAGCAAUGCCUCUAACAGUAAAGAAAAGGAAGUCUCCUGUUGACCCUUUGCCUGUCAGCCCUAUGAAAAUACUUGCCAAAGAUCAUAAUGUUGAUCCAAGUGGCAGACUUGUGGAUGCAGCAAGGGCAAGAUUUUUCAACACUCUAGCUCAUGGCUCCACCAUCACCAAACCUGUUCAGUUUAUUGAAGACAAGGAGGAGGAGGUGGAUGAAGGGUCUCCUGAAUCCUCCAAACCGGAGCUGGCCCAGAAAACAGAACCAGCUCUUCUGAAAAGGAAACGGAAAGGAUUAUCGGACAAACAAUCUUUUAUUAUGAAACUCUUUGAUCGCAGCGUCGAUCUGGCUCCUUUUGAUGAUGCCACUUCUUUAUAUCCUAUUUGUCGAGCAUGGAUCCAGAACACUCCAUCGCAACUUGUAACAGGGAAACACAAAAAGAAGAAAGCAGCGACCGCUGAGAAGGCAGAUGAUGAUGACGAUGCUGACUAUGACAUUGAUGAAGUCUUAAACACUUUGAAUAGUUCUGAGGAAAUUGAACUGAAUAAAUUGCCCAAACCAAAGCCAUUGCUGGAACCUAACGAUCGCAUCCCGUCUCCAAUAUCGGUUGAGAAGAGCACCCUGGAUGACUUCAUUAAUAGAGACCAGGAUAAAGAAUCUCUACCGACCAGAGACUCCCUUUUGAGUGAACACAGAGAAAAAUGGGUGGCCGUUCGGAAAAGCUGGCAUGAAGCUGAACGCAAAAAUGAGGAGAGGUAUAAAGACAGUCGGCUCAUUUUGGAUGCCAUCUAUAACAAAGCACAAAAACACUAUCAAUAAUCAUGAGGAGGAAUUUUCAAUCAGAAGAUUAAAGCGUUUAGAUGAAAACUUGACCGCCAAGGGUCCUCUAAAACGUAGUUAAUUCUCUACGAGUAAAAUGCAGCAUUCAAAUGAAAAUAAAUGUAAUUGAUAGGUACAGUUAUUUUGUUGCAUACAUGUGAACACUCUUUUGCAAUUUGUGCCAGGUAUUUGUACUUUUUUAAUGUAUAUAGAUUAUCCUUAGAAUAAAGAUAAAUACAAAAUAUC